AUGAGGAGGGUGAUUCCUCUGGAAGAGGGAUGGGGUGUGAUGGAGAAAGGGAUUACAAAGCUGAAGAAAAUUCUUGAAAGAAGUGAUGAUGAGCCACCGAAAAUCACUUGUGAAGAAUACAUGUGUCUUUACACAACCAUUUUCAAUAUGUGUCAAAGUGAAACUAGAAAUUUCUUAUACGGCAGAUAUCGUGAGGUGUUGGAGGCGUACAUAGCCACCGAUGUGCUACCUUGUGUAAAAGACAAGCACGACGAAUUCAUGUUGAGAGAGCUUCUGAAACAAUGGGGGAAUUAUAAGAUCAUGGUUCGAUGGCUAUCAGGGUUCUUUAAUUAUCUUGAUCGGUAUUUCAUACCCGUAUGGAACCUCCCUUCACUGGACGAAGUCGGGCGGACAUGUUUUUCACACAAGGUGUACGUGGAGUUGAAAAGAAAAGUUGGAGAUGCAAUUAUAGCCCUGAUUGAAAAGGAGCGCGACGGAGAUCAAAUCGAUCCAUCUUUAUUAAAGAACGUGUUAGAUAUGUUUGUUCAAACUGGGAUGGACAAGAUGAAUUGUUAUAAUGAGGAGGAUUUCGAAGCUUUGAUGCUUAAGGACACCGCAUCUUAUUACUCCCGAAAAGCUUCUAAAUGGAUUCUGGAAGAUAGUUGCCCGGAUUACAUGUUGAAGGCGGAAGCGUUUUUGAAGCGAGAGGAGGACAAAAUUGCUCGUUAUCUCCACUCCACUAUGGAAGCCGAAUCGCUCGGCAAACGACAGCACAAUCUCUUGACGGUAUAUGCAUCCCAGCUGCUCAAGAAAGCGCAACUCGAGCUCUUGACUGUGUAUGCAUCCCAAUUGUUAGAGAAAGAGGACUCUGGAAUUUCCGCACUCCUUAGAGAUAACAAGGUGGACGAUUUGUCGAGGAUGUAUAGGCUUUUCUCCAAAGUACGCGAAGGAUUGAAUCCUGUUGCUGAAGCAUUCAAACACCACGUAACUGAACAAGCCAUUGCUUUAAAGAAGCAAGCAGAAGAAGCCGCAAAACAUGAGAAGGAGGCCGACAAGAAAGACUUUGCAGCUUUGCCGGAGCAAGUGUUUGUGAGGGAGGUGAUUGACCUCCACGACAAGUACGUGGGCUAUGUUAAUGACUGUUUUCAGAGCCAUCCCUUAUUCCAUAAGGCUCUGAAGGAAGCUUUUGAAGUGUUUUGCAAUAAGAGUGUUGGCGGAAGCUCCUGUGCAGAACUUCUCGCUACAUUAUGUGAGAGUGUUUUGGUAAAAGGUGGUGGAGCUGAGAAACUAAGUGACGAAGGCAUUGAGGAAACCUUUGAAAAUAUAGUGAAGUUUCUCGCUUACGUUCGCGACAAGGAUCUGUUUGCAGAAUUCUACAGGAAAAAGCUUGCCCGCCGCCUCGUGUGUGAUAGAAGUGCAAGCUAUGAGCACGAAAGAAGUUUCCUUACCAAACUUAAACAGCAAUGUGGGCGUCAUUUCACAUCAAAGAUGGAAGUGAUGGUUUCCGAUCUCGCGUUGUCCAGAGAAAACCAACAAGAAUUUAAGGAGUACCUCAGCCAAAAUCCUCAGACAAAUCCUGGUAUCGACUUUACUGUAACCGUUCUUACUGCAGGGUAUUGGCCUAGUUACAACAAAACUUCAAACCUUAACCUCCCUUCUGAAAUGGUGAAAUGUGAUGAAGUGUUUCGCGACUAUUACCAAACCAAGACAAAUCACAGAAAACUCUCUUGGUUACAUUCUUUCGGGACAUGUAACAUCAAUGCUAUGUUUGAUGCUAAGCCCGUGGAACUGAUCCUAUCAACUUACCAGGCUGCUGCUUUGCUUCUGUUCAAUAGAUCAGACAGAUUGAGCUAUCAAGAGAUAAAGGCACAAUUAAAUAUGUCCGAUGAAGAUGUUGGGAGAACACUUCAUUCCUUGUCAUGUGCCAAGUACAAGAUUUUGGUUAAGAAUCCCAACAACAAGACUGUGUCUCCAACUGAUGUUUUUGACUUUAACUCAAAGUUCACAAAUAAAAUGAGUAGGAUUAGGAUCACUAAUCUUGCGGUUGCGGUUGAUGAGAAGAAGAAGGUGAUUGAAGAUAUAGAUAAAGAUAGGCGUUACGUCAUUGAUGCAUCAAUUGUGCGCAUCAUGAAGACAAGGAAAGUUAUGGUUUGUCAGCAAGUACUUAUGGAAUGUGUUGAACAAUUAAGUUGUAUGUUUAAGCCUGACGUCAAGGCGAUUAAGAAGAGAAUUGAUGACUUGAUUACUCGGGACUAUCUCGAGAGGGACAAAGAAAACCCCAACCUGUUCAAGUACUUGGCAUGA